AUGCAUACUAGAAGUGUAGUGGAUGAAGACCGUUUCUGCUGCAACCAGAGCUUGUCCUACGAGCGGAAGGAGGGAAAGCGCUGCUCCCGGAGUGGCCACUUGUAUCAGCCAGACAGCCAGUUGGUGUGUGAGUCACAUGUCAACAGGCCUGGGAACCACUGCUGUGGAAAGACCACCUACGACCCCCAGACUGAGAUCUGCUGCAACGGGCACAGACACAGCAGUUUUGUGAAUGUGUCCUGCUGUGGGAAGGAGGCCUACAACCGGAGCAGUGGAGAGAAGAAGUGCUGUGCAGGUACCCUGUAUGAUCUGCCCCUUCAGGGCCAGCACACAAAUGAGUCCCAGUGCUGUGGAAGUGUCCUGAUGGAGGCCGGCUCCACUCAAACCUGUUGCUUCGUGCCAGGACUUGCCCUGGUCUACACAACCCAACCGGGCUUCAGCUGCUGUGGGCACCUCUACCCUAACACCUCCCUCUGGUCCUGCUGCGCUGGGGUCCUGCAACCACGGACCGUACUGCACUCCAGGAACCACAACGAGAGUCCAGGUCCCAGGCUUCUUCAGCUAGAGGAUCUGUAUGAAGAUGUGUGUCAUAACAAUGUUUACAUAGGGACAGUGGAGACUGUGUCUGUGAUGAAAAACCAGAUGUCGGUUGUGAUGAAGAACGCCGUGUUCUUGAUGCUCUCGAAGAACCAGGUCCGGGCCCUGUCUAACCCUGAAUAUCUGAGGUUGUUUGACCACUGCAGCUCCCCUGAGCUGGUGCCAGGAAACACUUACAUCUGGGUGAAACCAAAUCGUACCCUGGAGGACAUAAGCUUCAUCUCUGACAUCAGUGAUCACCCAUCCCCUAUUUACUCUAUUCUUUCCAUGUGCAGCUUCUGAAUAUAACCAA